CCUUGAUCGAUGCAGUUGUCAGGAUGUUGAGCUCAAUUACUUUUGGAAACAAAACGGCGUGAAAUCUGCUAUCAAACAUGGUUCCGCUUGCAUUUGUCCUUUUUACCGUCACGUUAUUUCUUGGGACACAGAGCACAAACGUUACUGUAAUUGACGCUUUGAACGCAAUACUGGAAGCUUCUGACUCGGACAUCAUUCUGCACUUUAAAGAAGCAGAUGUUCAGGGUGUUACCACGGAGCAGCUUAGGGCACCGCGGGGCAUUGGUCUGUUUGAAGUGCCGAUGGACGGCCGUUACCUAAAUGUGACACAUCGCUUGAUGGCUAAGAACAUAGCUUUGGCACGCCAGGUCCGUCGUAUAUCAUAUAAUGUAAUGGUUCUGGUCACGAGCGAUGAUACAGCUUUCCUCUCCCUCUUCGCGUUCUGGUCGCUCAAGGGCCGUCUUCUGGUGUGGUCAACCAAGCUCCUAAUCUUUACUCAAGUACCACUUAAUAGUGUACAUCUGUUGCACAAAGUCUUAUCACAGACAAACUCUUUACUACUUACACGAGGAACAAAUAAUCAAAGAUUUAUCAUGUCUAUCGUGCAGCCGUACAGUAAACCUGGCAGCGUUCCAGUAGAUGUUGCUUCUUGGACACCACAACGAGGCCUCAGCGCUCCUCCAAAUCAACUUUUUUCCGAGAAGUUUGAAAAAAUCAAGUCCAGCAGGAAAGUGUACGUUACCAUGGUGGAAGAUGCCACACACAAGCCUGCCAUGAUAAAGGAUCGCAACGUACCUGGUGGCCACCGGCUUGUCUUUACAGGAUACAUGGUCACAGUUCUGGACUAUAUAGCUCGUGGACUUAAUUUUUCGUAUGGAUUCAAGCAGUCACCAGAUGGUACUUAUGGCGGUAAGAGAACUGACGGUUCAUGGACGGGCAUGGUGGGCCAGGUUUUUAGAGAGGAGGCAGAUCUGGGCCUGGGUCCUUUCGUUAUGACUGCUGCCCGCGCUGGAGAUGUGGAUUACACUUCUCCCGUUAAAAUCCUCGGUGUUAGGAUACUUGCUGGCCAAGGUGGAUUGGAGGUUGAUCCUUGGGCCUUUGUGAUGCCCUUGGCUCCCUUGGAAUCCGUCAGGUGGGAUGACAAUGCGUGGUGGUGGGAGCGCGUGGUACUUGGGGUGUGGCUGCUGACCACCCUUGUGUUGACUCGGAGCUACGAAGGCAAUCUUAUGUCACUGUUGGCGGUGAGACACGUCCCGCAGCCCUACCAGAGCCUCAGAGCCAUCCUCGACGACCCGCGAGCCGUUAUGAUAUGGCAGAAAGGAAGUUCAAAUGUAGAGCUCAUCCGGACUGCUGAAUCAGGCAUAUUCCGGGAAGUCCAUGAAGCAGAGGAGAAAGAGCGUCUGAAAUUACUUGCAGUACCUGACUAUCCAUCGGUGCUGGAAACUGAUGUUAUUAAUGGUCGACACGUCAUAAUUGACUUGGAAGAUAACCUUCUGGCAACCAAGAGUAAACAUUUCUCAGUCAAAGGGCGAUGCAGUUUCUACUUUGGACGCGAGACGAUAGUAUCACAAUCUGUUGGGAUGAUCGGCCACAAAACAAACCCUCUCGUGCACUUUAUGAGUAAAUGGGUGCUGUCGAUGAACGAGGCGGGUCUUUUCGAUCACUGGUACACUAAAGCCAAGCCCAACUCCACCAGCUGUGUGAGCCUACCAAGCAAGAUCACUGUAAGCGCACCGUUCUCUUUCAGUAAUUCCUGGGUCAUGUUUGUGUUGCUUUUGUGUGGGUUGGGUGCCAGCUUACAAGUUCUUCUCCUAGAAGUUCUACACACCUUAGUUCUGCGAUAACCAUACAGUUUUUUUUUCCCUCGUUAUUUCCAUG